AUAGAAAAAUAGCAAAAUAAUAUAUUUUUUAAUUAUUUUCCACAUAUUGGACGAGAAUACGGAGAAAUGAAGCUGAAUCAUAGACCAGGAAACCGGAUCAUACCAGCCGGUUCAACCGGUCAAACCGAAAAAACCGGCCGGCACGGUAAAAUCAGCACAAUCAGCCCACCGUACCGCUUUUGGUCCAAUUUCCGGUUGAACCGGCCGGUACGAUCCGGUUUCCUGGUCUAUGCUUGAUGGUCCCUUUGGCGGACCAGGAACGACCGAGUCUUUGCGGGCAAAGUCGUCUCAGCUGAAGUCUUUCUAUAGCGUGUCCAGACAUGGAUUAAUGUAGUGCAGACUGCCAUGGACAAUGAUAAGGCUAUCCAUUAGCCUAAUCCAUCUGCUAGAAUGGGGAGCUGAUCUCGUGGAUGCUGCCUCCUCCCGAGUGGGUCACUCUCAACUCCAACGGCUCUGUCAUUCCUGAAUCAGGUUAUGCAACUGCUGGUGCCUUGAUUAUAGAUCACACUAGAUACUGCAUUGCAAUGUUUGUUAUUAAUCUCGGAAUUUGCUCCAUCACCCUAGCUGAGUUGGGAGGCACAGUAGAGGGAUUUCAAUUGGCUUGGGAACUUGGCUACCAUCAGGUCAACGUUCAGCUUGAACGCAGGUGCGCCGUGCAGAUCCUCUAGAGGUGGCAUGACGAUGAUCAUCAUCAUUCAAACAGUUACCCAACUUUUCCAGGCGAUGUUAGAGAGAGAUUGGGAUGUGUCUUUAUCUUAUGCUUCUAGAAAAGGUAAUAAGUGUGUGGACUAUAUUGCUAGUGGAGGCCAUAAGAUGCCUUUGGGGUUUCAGUCUUUCCUUUUUUUUUUAUCACACCCUUGUAUCCUGAAUUAUGCACGACUUACAAAGCUCUCCGAACCCAAUUUGAUUUUGAAUCAAAGUUGAAAUUCUCUGCAUCCAUUUAUAAAAGAAAAAAAAAAAAAAACAAGCCUAGCCCAUGUGCCCGUCUUAAACGUGAAAAUGUUCAGAUUAGUUAACGGCCCAAUUCGUUGGACUUACCCACUGACCUUGUAUCGUCCUGAUCCAUCUAGUGCUUCCCCUCGACACAGUCCUCGUCUCUUCCCUUGCUUUCAAUUCUCGCACCCAAGCAUUUUUUUCUUUUCUGAAUUCCUCCGUAACACCACAACCUCAACUUCUCUCGAAUCCGUUCUCUAUACAAUUUCGCUGUUUGAGGCUUGCAGGGAGGAAUUGUCGUCUUGGGGUGAUGCCGGACGGCGAGAGCGGUUGACGGAAUUGCUAUACCGAGGUCAGAAUCUUGGUUUUGUGGCACAUUCCGUGGGUGCGGUUCUUGGUUUAGGCAUUAGAGGAGCUCGCACGCAUCGUUCAAUUUUGCGCAUCUUUUGAUUGACGAGUUAGGGUUCCUCUUCCUUUGUUGUGAUCGUGUUCUUGAUGAAUGGCCUAGUUAAUGUUCUUAGCUAGUAGCCAUCGAACCGUUCCGGAGCUAAUUCUUUAUUGUUCGUGUCUUUAGCUUUCACCAGUAGCCAAUUGCCUUCGCUGGUCGCAUUUGUUUUGAUCUUGAGAUCGAAAUCAGGCGUUGCAUUCUAAUAUGGAUCCUCAGCACUUGGCAGAAACCCUCAAGCAUUUGUCAAAGCAAGAUGAGCUAUUGAGGGAAGUUUUGGGUUCGUUGCAGGGUGAGCUGACCAAGCUCAAGGCCGAGGAGCUAAUGCUGAUGGAGAAAUACAGUCAACUAAAGAAUCCUCUUGAACUAAUCAUACGGAGCGAGGAGGAUGGUAAUGGACUUUAUGGAGAAACUGGGCAGACCGAGGAGGACGGCAAUGGACUUGAUGGCCAAACUGGGCAGACCAUUCCUUUACUUACAUCCGGCACAAACGACUCUGUUGGUGAUGAAGUAGAUCACACAGUCACCUCUAACAAAGAUAAGUAAUCUCAGUCGUGAAUUUAUGAGCUUUCUGCUCAUGUUCUUGUGUAGGCACAAUUUUGUUGAUGAAAUUCAUAUGUACCGCUUCCACAAGUGAGAAUUAAACGUCGCAACAUUUUAUCUAAGACUUGUAUUUGUUGAAGAGGAGGAGAAAAGCCAUGCAUGCGAGACAACUGAUGUGUAUCCCAUGGAGCAACCCGUUACUGAAUGAUGAUAGCGUGCUCUAAUAUAGUGCAUUUGAUUUUUCAUGUCAUACUGUGGGUUGGGUUUUGAUGUAAUGGAGCUUUUAUUGUAUCUAUCUCGUCUUUCUUACAUAAUAGAUAUGCGCACGCUUGCGCUUCGCACCCAGUGGUAUAGAACACUCUAAAUGUGUUAGUAUGAAAUUAGUAAAAUGUAACUCAAACAGCAAGAAAAUCCGAAUUGUGGGAGAGCUCCAAAGUCAUUUGACUCGCUGGUCAAUGAGGUUAUGGAUCAAAGAAUGAUGAUCUACAUAUUUGGAGCUCAACAAUUAUUAAUCAGAGAAUUUACGAAAUUGUGGAAGAGCUCCAAAGUCAAAAUGUAACUCCCUAAACAACAAGAAAAAUCCCAAAAGUGUGGGAGAGCUCCAAAGUCAUUUGUACUCGAUGGUCAAUGAGGUUAUGAAUAAGAGGAUGAUGAUCCGUAUAUUUGGAGCUUGACAAUUAUUAAUUAGAGGAUUUACAAAAAUUUUGCAUUUGAAAUUGAAAAAAUCAAUGAGAAAAAAGGUGGAAGAACGUACUUCUGUGAUUUCAAGGCCACUUCCACUCUCUAAAUAGGGAGCGAGAGAUUUCUUCGUGGCCUUUCUGUAUGAACUAAACCGAGAAAGAGAUUACUAAAAAUGCAAAACCAAAUGCAAACAAAUAUAUCGAUUUCAACACAACAAAAAUAUGCUUAGUGAACACAACAUAUAUCUGAGGUUUUCUUCGUGGUUUUCCUAUUUGAGUUUGAGUGAGAGUUAUGAUUAAAGAUGUAAAAUCAAAUACGAAAAAGUAGAACGAUUGAUCACAUAACAACAAAAUUAUGCUUAAUAAAUAGUAGCACAUAUUAGGAGAAUAACAAACCAAAAUAAAAAAGAUGGAUUAAUAAAAGAAGAAAAUAGAGACUUGAAAAAAUAAAAGUAAAGACAUAAUAAAAGGGCUCACAUUAUUAAUGCCAUCAAAGGGCCUACAUAAUAAAAUAGAGAAUUGAUCACACCUAAAGGCAAGAAAAAUACAAGGAACCCGUGAAGUGUGUAACUGAAACAAUGCAUUUUGUGUCAAUGUCACGUUUUCACUGUACACAUCACUGUCGUGAAGUGUGGCCCUGAAGAUUGCACUGCUGAUAUAAAUUUGAAGAGUGAACAGAUUUCAAGGAGAGAAGAGUGUUAGAGAGAAAUUUGAGUCUUCUUUUCAUUCUAGAUAUAGAGGAAGUGACUAACCAAGGAAGAUUGAAGAGGAAUUUACCUACCUCAAACUAAAAGAGGCCAGAUUUCAACUUCAACACCAUCCCAAGCAACUAGGAAGAAGGAGAUUCAUCUUUUCAUAGGUUUUUCCUUCUCUUUAGUUGUAGUUCUUUCUCUAGGCAUGGAGUAUAUUUUCCAUUCACUUUGAUGAUGUGGACCUUAGUCUAGGAUGUUGUAGUUUGAUGAUUGUGAACUCUAUGUUAUAAUUGACAUGUUUGAUUAUAUGUUGAUUGGAUAUUUAGCAUGAUAAUUGAGAGUCCUUGAUCAAUUCCCUCAAUUUUGCAACUAAUUAACCUAAGAAAGAGAGGAUCUCCUUAGGUAAUUUGGGUCACUAUUCAAUCAUCGUAAGGGAUCCAUGAACGAUGGUGCUUGGUUUCUUUACGUCGUCCCGGGUCAUCACUAGAGGGAGUGGAUUUGGUUGUCCUAAUUGCCUAAUUUGAUAGUUGUGUACACCUUUACGAUUAGGCGGGUUAUGACAACUUGAAUAGGGACUCCUAACUAGCUUUGAUCUUCUAAAGGUAUAUAUAUAUAUAUAUAUAUAUAUAUAUGGGUCACACUCGUAUGCGUCAGACACAUACUAUGCGACAGGAUUUCUACACCGUAGAUCUAAUCUAACGGUGUUUAAUAAUUGGAAUUAAAUUAUUUAAUUUUUACAAUUUUUAAAUGAUUACUUGGUCCUAUUACUUUUUUAUGCGUACCCUUUAACCCCUAAACAAACUUUUCAACAUAUUUUCGAAUUAUAGUACCAAAUUUUAUUCUAAUCAUGUCUCCAAUCCAUUAAGUUAUAUUUACUUACAAUUUUAGUUUGGUGAUUUAUUCCUUUUCCCACUCAUGUCAACGCUCAAACCCCCUUUCCAAUUGCUGUCUGUAGUGGCUAACGAACCCUCUCCUCUCAUCCUGGCUAUCGAUUGAAGCAAUUGGAUUUUGCGCUUCCCAUCGAUGUUUAAUCCCUCUAUGGAUUAAGAGAGUGAUCUGUUCGAGGCAUGAUGGAUUGAAUCUUGUGCUCGAGAGGCGGAUGAGGAAGGAUCGGAGAAGUGAAGAGUGCAGACUCGAGAGGUGGGCCGAAGUGCGGAUCGCCCAUAGCGGUGGGUAGGUACGCUGCCGUACGCUGCCGUCAAUUGACGGUGAACGACUAUGACCUUUACGUCCUGUAAACAAUGACUAAGGCUGAAAUGGAGAGAGGGGAUUGGGUCUCGUCAAGGGAAUUCUCUUGGUCGGAGUCCAGAAUCGUAACGGAGUGAGAAAGUUUGGACGAUGAAGAGAGACGACCGUCGGAUUAUGGUGGUGAUGGCGGCAACUGGAAUUGGCAAUUUGGGGGGCUAGGGAAGACAACGAUACAUGAAAGGGAAUUCUCUUGGUCGGAGUCCAGAAUAGUGAGAAAGUUUGGACGAUGAAGAGAGACGGCCGUCGGAUUACGAUGGUGAUGGCGGCAACUGGAUAAUUGGGAUUUGGGAAUUUGGGGGGCUAGGGAAGACGACGAUACAUGAAAAAACGGCAUCGUUUUGUGCUCGUCUCUGAAUCGAAAGUGGCCUGGAGAACGGCGUCGUUCUAUAUGUGUAGCUGAAAACAAUUUUUUUUUUGUAAUGGAGUGAGGUUCGAACCAGCGUCCUGGUCAUUACCAUGGGCAUUCUUCACCAUCCAUGCUGAACAAGGAUUUUGAUUCAAUAUACUUCCACUGUUAUAUUUAUAACUAUAAAAUGAGUUCUUGUAAAAUUAAAACAUAAAACUAAACUAAGCAGGCCCUUUGUACCAGGCCCAAUAGGUGAUGUUGGAUCUUCUCGCUUGGGAAAUUUCCAUCAGUGGAGCCUCCUCUUUGUUUGUCUUGCUUGCUUCUCUUAGCUGAACUUGCAUAUAAUUUUCAGGUUCUUGAUUAGAUAUGUCGAUUGAUUGAUGAUAAAUUCAGAGACUCGGUGUUGUUAAGCGUUUGCCGAGCAUCGUUGGUAGGUCUUCAAAUUCUCUUUUGUACUUUGAAUUCGCAAACCUUCCAUUAAAGCUUGUAUAUAAUUUGUACACAUUAUCUUGCUACAGUAGGGAUAUGUUUGGGUGUUGCUUAACUGAGGCCCCUCUCGUGCAUUCUCUGAUUUAGAUGUUGUUAUGAUGAAAGAAGACUUCGAUAUCUUGAAGGUCUCUCAUUUCCUCUGUCUGUCUGUCUCUCUCUCUCUCUCUCUCUCUCUCUCUCUCUCCAAUGCAUAUGUGAUAUGUGUAAUUACGUCUGUCUUCGGUUCAUAAAUAGUGAUGGCCGAAAUUUUUUUUGGUCAAGAAAGAAACAGUACUAGGUUGGCUACUGAUAAAUUGAUUCUCAUUCUUCAGGUGUUCUUUAUAGCUAGUGGAGAUGGCCUCCCUCGUUCGGUGGUGGAGCCAAACGCAAUAGAGGAAUAUGCUUGUAAAUAGCCUUGUCAUUGGUGGGGAUUUAAUCUGUACUCCUUGUUAAUAGGCUUGCUUUCCUUAGUUGGAUCAGUUUAGGUGUCAAUAGAGGAAUUCUUUUUUGGACGUAAUGGUAUUAAUAAAUUAGGUUUGUUUGGCGGUCUAUAUAAAGGGACGCCAAGCCUAGAGUUUACCUUGUAAAAAAAAACUCCUGCCGUUUUCCCUGGUGACUUUAGCAAAAGUAAGGCUUUUCUUCUGUGUUGGCGGGGAGAAACUAAUUGCAAUGGAGAAAUCUCGGUACAGUGCAACAACUAAAAUAGCUCUUUCUUUUGGUCGUUUGUGCUGUUCCUUUCUUACAACCCUUUUCCUUUCAUGUAUGUUCUUUUGUUUGUUUAUGACUUUUGUUUGUUUCAUGUAUGUUCUUUCUUUUGUUUUGUUGUUUAGCAUGUCGAGCCAUGAUACUAAGAAAGUUGUUGGAUCCAU